CACUAUAGCACACAUGCUGGGUAAUUUUGACUUUGAAUAAGCGAUUUUAAUGACAAGUCCUUUUUCUGGUGUAUUUAUAAUGCUUGGAUCUCUAUAAUUUACAGAAAUAUACCCGAUAAUCCAGCUAGCAGGCGUAAUCUGGCGUCGUCAGUCAUUUUAGUUGAUUGUUUUUUAUUGCACGUGAACACCGCGUUAGCAAACUGAAGUUAGCGGAUGGUAGCGCACUCCAGUGCAGCGUUACACCACAGGAAAGUCACAUGAAAUCUCUGGUUUGGGCUGUCUGUGAGAUGAAACCGUCUGAACUUGAGGUCCCUGAAAGAGCACCUAACUACCUCCAGACUGUAGUUUUGUGGGUUUGAUCUCCUACCUGUUGGUUUGACAUUGAGGUGCUACAGUGGGGACGCUGUGUUUUUACCAUGAAGACCCCAGUGCAUACUUAAUUUAAUCCCAGAUCUGUGGUGAUGUUUCGGCUCCGGUAUCUGAACUCCUUCCUCCGGAGGCCCUUUCACCGGGGACCAGUGAACCGGGACCAGGUUCUGGAGCGGCUGAGGGAUUGCUCUGCUGAAGAUCAGGUGCUCGAUGUGGUCGGGAAGAACAAGGCCAAGCUCACGGUGAACCACAUCAGUAGGGCAGUCGGGAUGCUGUGGCAGUUUCAGAGAGAGAAGCCACAAAUGCUGAGGACUGUGGAGCUCAUCAAGAGCCACCCGCAGUUCUUGACUCUCCGGGUUUUGGCGGAAAAUAAAAUUGCUCUUAUGGAUGAUUCCAUGUUGGUCGACAUGCUUUACAGUUUCCUCAGGUUGAAUGUGGAUCCAUUUGAUUCUCUUGUUCAGCAGUUGGUUUCAGAGGCGUGGCAGAGAAUAGACAGACUUCCGAUGACAGCCCUAUCCAAGCUUUCCAUUUGUCUGAGUGAUCAGCACCUUCAACAAAGUCCUCUAAUGGGCGAAAUCACAAACAUUGUGGAUCAGAGGUUGUCGUCCAUUGAUGAUGCCAGGAUCUUAACUACACUCAUGAUCAGCACGUCCACUCUGGUGUCUCCCCGGCUUCGAGAUGCCCUCAUCAGCAGGGCAGACCAUCUCCUGGACACCAUGGAUCCCUCAAAUUACAACAGCCCACGGAGAGUGGUGCAGUUCCUGCGCAACAUCAAGUACAGUUACAGACCUCUGCUGGAGAAGUGCAAUAAGAUCAUCCUGAGCAACAUUCCCAGAAUGGAUGCAGAAAAUAUCAGCAUCAUCAUGGGGCUGUACCAGUCCCUGCAGUUCAACAACUGUGACUUCAGGCUGGCUGUCAAACAAAGACUUAUCGAACUGAUUGAUUCAAGCACAGAUCCUUUGUCAUUCACCAAAUUGUUUGUCGCUCUGGCUCCAUUGGCCAGCCACGAGAUCAGAGAAGGGUUGGAGAGCACUGCCCUCCUGUUGGCAGAUGAGUUCAAUGCAUAUCAGGCUCUGGCUGUAGCUGAAGCUCUAGAGGAGAUUGAGAGCAGGAACCUCAGUUUACUGAACAAAAUCGCAGUGGUGAUAAGGAGGAACCUUCAUGUCUACAAACCAGUGGAGGUGGCCAGAAUCACCCAAACCCUCCUUCUGUUGCAGUACCAGAACCCUGAACUCUUCACGAUACUAAGAAACAUUUUGGUCAACUUUUUGCAGCACAGUGUCUUCCCUCACGAAGUGACCAUGCUGACCCGCGUUCUGUCCAUGCUGCCCUACCCGCGGCUCGACGAGGGCAUGAUCUCACGGGUGGAAGCGGUGGUGGCUCAGUGCAAUCUCAGUGACCUCAACACCAUUUCUUUCGCCAUCGCUAAGUGGGUGCGUAAUGACCCCUCCUACCACCACAACACUUCCAGCAAGUACGUCCGUCUGCUGCAGGACCUGAAGCGCUGUGGACGCGAGCGGCUUCAAACGGCCGACCGACUGGACUUGGUGCUGGAGGAGCUCAGGUACAUUUCAGGAGAGUGGUUUGAAGAAAUGCUGUUGGAGGACACGAUGGCCACGCUGAAGAGGAUGAUGGACCAAAUAAACUGGAACAAUGUGCCAGAGUUGGCCCUCUUCUUAACCAGGAUAAAUCACCUCUGUCCUCCCCUGAUGGACCGCAUCGCCAGUGUGGUCAUUGAAAACAUUGACAAGAUUCACCACUCGGCAACAUACGCCACCCUGCUGCCGUUCUCUGUCCUGAAUUAUGACGGAGCUCAAGCAGACGAGUUGUAUGAUGUUUGUAUUCAGCACUUCACUCCUAAUAUCAGCUGCUUUGACCCACAUCUGCUAGUUCUCCUGGCGUACACUCUGGCCGUGGCCGACUGUUUUCCAGAGGAACUCAUCAGAGAAAUCUUCAGUAUAGAUUUUCUGGGAAAGCUAGACGCCCAACUAGAAACUCUUCCUGAUGGCCUCAACAUGCGGACCAGACUGCGCCUCAUGGAGCUCAAUCGUGCCACGUGUCUCGAGUGUCCUGAGUUCCAGGUGCCGUGGUUUCAUGAGCGCUACUGCCAUCAGUUGCAAAAGAAAGGGAGCAGUUCUUCCAGUCCUGUGCAACAGCAAAUCCACAAAAUGCUGGCUGAAGUUCUCGGUGGCAUGAACUGUGUUCGAGCAGCAGUUGUCACUCCAUAUUUUUACACUGUAGACUUUGAAUGCAUACUGGACAAACACCUGCAGCCGUUGCCUUACAGCGAGCCCAGCACACUGCAGAUCUCAGACCAAGGAAAAGUUCACUGGGGGACGGCCUCAGUGGAAAACAUCAGGGAUGAGCUGCCACCUGGAGCUCAGCGGGUUGCCGUGGACUUUCUUGAUUCAAAGUUAUUUUGCAAGAACUCCCAUCAUAAGAAAGGUGAAGUCCUGAUGAAGAAGAGACACCUUGAAAUUCUGGGAUACCGUGUCGUUCAGAUCCCUCACUUUGAGUGGAACUCAAUGGAGCUGUCAACACCAGACGCCUGGAAGGAAUAUCUGAGGAAGAACAUAUUAAGAGAGCUCUCCUCUUGAAGGCCUUAUUUAUUGAACAAUGAAGUAAUGUUACAGUGAGAGCUCUGACACAGCUAUGAGUUUGGUCUGAGAGUUUUCGGGCUGAAAGACUGAACAGAGUUAUGUUAACGGUAUGUUAAAUACAUCAAGUGCUCUUUAUCUUUGGUCAUUGAGCAUAAUGUUGACAUGAAUCUAUCUCAUUCGUGUUAAUUGAGAUGUGUAUUAUGUGCUUUUGUAUUAAAAUGAU